UGAAUACUAACAAAGUCGGUAGCUCCCCGGCGCUCGUCGCCGGCCGCGUUCCUCGUUUAACCAAAUCGGAAGAAGAUAAAACAAGAGGGAGACGGCCAAGAAAAAGGAAGUGAGUGGCCAUGGCGUCUGCUCUCGCUCUCUCUCUAAAGCCUCCCUUCCUCUCCGGCAACUCGCCUCCUUCGCUUUCUUCGCUUCCGCCGCCUCCAUCUUCUUCGCUCCAUCCCCAGCUCCCCGCCACGCUUGCUUCUUCGAGGAAGCGUCAUGUUGUGAAGCUCCGGAAUGGUGUCCCGAGAGCGUCUGCUGAAGGAGUUCCAAGUGAGUUGGUCGAAGAUUCAAAAUUUGUUCCAUUGAAUGCUGAAGAUCCUAGAUAUGGCCCCCCUGCUUUGUUGCUAGUUGGCUUUGAUGCGGAGGAGACGGGAAAGAUCCAACAACUUCUGAAAGAGAUGGAUGGCGAAUUUCUACAGAUUGUGUACUGCACUGAGAGUAUGGUUAAUCGUUCACUGUGGGAAGCGGUGCAUACAAGACAGCCUGAUGUGAAGGCAAUCAAGAUCGCAAAGAAUGUGCCACGUAUCUGCUUCUUGUCGGGUCUCAGCGGAGAGGAGAUGAUGAUGUUCAUCGAUGCCUUUCCUGAAACGGGAUUGGAACCAGCUGUAUUUGCGGCUCUCGUUCCCAACAGCGCCGAUAAACCAGUACAGGAGUUGAUAGAAGAAAUAAUGGGAGAUCAUGAAAUGCUUACUGGAAAGCCGUAACACACGCCCUAAGCAUGUGAGAAUCACUUUGAAGGAUAGUGACCGUCGUUAGCGCAUAGACGGAUACCCUUUUUAUUUGGCUCUGGCAAAGAUAUUAUCACAAUAACAGAUUACUAUUUCAUUCC